CUGGACGCGCUCGGCUCGCGGCUAGUCUGUUCUUGUGGUCCUACCUACAGUGAUCAGCUCGGUGUCUGAACCCGGCAGGAGCAGACGUUGGACGGGGAGUUUCUGGGAGAAUGCUGGUAAUUCCCAGGAAGAGACAUGGAGGAUUUGGGUGAAGUUGCUUUACCCAAAUGGUGCAAAGACUGUGGUUAUGGAGGAUCAGAGCCACAAACUCCAGAACAGAGUUUUUCUUUACAGCAGCCUUGUCAAAUGUGUGUGGGCAGCUCUGAGACCUUGAGCAAGUCAUCAAUUUCCUCAUUUGUAACAAGUGAUUUAUGGAAAGCAUCUGGUACAUGGGAUCCUCAUUCUCAGAGCACAAGCUCAGGCUUAUCCUGAACCCAGUUAAUGAUCAUACAGAGAAUCAUCCCUGAGGUUAUCUUGGAAGCCUCAUUACGUAGGUGUCUGUGGGAUCCUUCCAACCAUAUGAUAGCCAAGUUCUGCCAUCUAGGGAGUCUGCCCUUUUCCAAAAGGGGUAUCUUCAGGAGGAGAAUAUGGCUGCUCUUCUUCAGGCAGCAAAAUCCCAGGUGCUUCAGGGCUUAUCCUUCAAGGAUGUGGCUGUGAACUUCACUGAGGAAGAAUGGAGAGAACUGGACCCUGCUCAGAGAGACUUGUACAGGGAUGUAAUGCUUGAGAACUAUAGGAACCUGGUCUCCUUGGGAUUUCCAUUUUCUAAACCUGAUAUCAUCUCCCAGUUGGAACAAGCAGGAAACCCAUGGAUGCAGGAGAGAGAAGUGCUAAGAAGCAGCUGCACACAUUUGGAGACCAGAAAGUCAAACCCAAAGGAGGUAUUUUCUGAAAAAGAAUCAUGCCAGGGGAUAAGUAUGGAGAGGAGCACAGGGGCUGAUGCAAGGGCUUCCAGUUUGAAGGAAGCCUGGGGAUAUGCAGAGAUCAAAGAGAAUGGUCAAGAUAGACUCUGGAAAGAAGCAACAGUUAUCUGCAAGAAAAGAACUUCUAGAACUGAUAGUAAGCCCAAAUAUAUUGAAUCUGGCAGACGUGUUAGUCUGAAGUCAGACUUUGUUAUACAAUCAAGAUACCCUGAAGAAGAGAGACCAUAUACGUCUCAUGCUCAGGGAAGGAGUUUUAAACAGAAUUCAAAAUUAAUAAGACAUCAGAAAGAUAGCCCAAAUGAGAAAACUCUUCAGUGUAAUGUACGUAGUAAAAUAUUCAGUGAUCGCUCAGUUUAUGUUCAACAUCGUAUAGCUCAUAGUGGAGAAAACAAUUUGAAAUGUAAUCAGUAUGGGAAGACCUUUGGUCACGGUAUACACUGCACUGAACAUCAGAAAACUAAUAUUGGAGAGAAGUCUUGUGAAGAUAGAAAAGGCUAUACCUGGAACUCACACCUUACCAAACAUCAUCAGAGCGUUCAUGGUGGGAAGGAAUAUAAUGUGCAUGAAAGAGCCUUAAUUCAGAAUGCACCAUUUAUUCAACAUCAGAGAACCCAACAUGGAGAGAAACCGUAUGAAUGUAGUGAAUGUAGAAAAACUUUUGGUAAUUAUUCAGCCCUUACAGUACAUCAGAGAAUUCAUACUGGAGAGAAACCAUAUGAAUGCAAGGAAUGUGGAAAAGCCUUUAAUCAUAACGUCUCUCUUAUCCAACACCAGAGAAUCCAUACUGGAGAGAAGCCCCAUGAAUGUAAUGAAUGCGGGAAGGCUUUCAUUCAGAUAACACACUUUAUUCAACAUCAACGAAUUCAUACUGGCGAGAAACCUUAUGAAUGUAACGAAUGUGGUAAAGCCUUCAGUCACAAUUCAUCCCGUAUUGAACAUCAGUUUAUUCAUACUGGAGAGAAGCCCUAUGAAUGCAGGGAAUGUGGGAAAGCCUUUAGUCACAACUCUUCCCUCAUUGUCCAUCAGUUUAUUCACACUGGAGAGAAACCCUAUGAAUGUAGUGAGUGCGGCAAGGUCUUUAGUCAAAGCUCACACCUCUAUCAACAUCAGAGAACUCACACUGGAGAGAAACCUUACACCUGUAAUGACUGUGGGAAAGCCUUCAGUGAUCGAUCAGCACUUAUUCGACAUCAGAGAACUCAUACUGGAGAGAAACCCUACAAGUGUAGAGAAUGUGAUAAAGCUUUCAGCCAGAGCUCAACCCUCACAAAACACACAAAAACCCACACUGGAGAGAAACCUUACACCUGUAAAGAUUGUGGGAAAGCCUUCAGCCAGAGUUCAUCGCUGACGCAACAUCAGAAGAUUCAUACUGGAGAGAAACCAUUUGAUUGUCCUGAGUGUGGGAAAGCCUUCAGUAGAAGUGCCCAUCUUACUCAACAUCAGAGGAUUCACACUGGAGAGAAACCCUGUGAGUGUAAUGAAUGUGGCAGAGCCUUCAGGUGUAGUUCAGCCCUCAUUAGGCAUCAGAGACUUCACAGUGGAGAAUCACUCUGAAUGUGUGGUCAUUCAGACUCCUCACUUUGUUAAAUACCAAAGAAUCCUACUUUCAUGGGUUAUUAUAAUUGUGAUCCCCCCGCUUUUUUUGAAAAUGCUCUCCUCCCAUUUUCUCCUGCAAAGAAUUAGCUGCCAGAAUACCACAAAUCCAUGUGAAGAAAUACUGAUCUGAAAGCUGGAAUAGCCUAAGAAACCAACCAUUAAUCUUUCUGUGUGUGUGUAUUUUCAUCUGUACCUGAAAAUGACUGAUGUCACCAUGAAGUGAUUUUUUUUUCUCCUGGCCCCAGGAAUAGGCUCUUCCAACACGCAAAGGAAUUCCAGUUGUUCAAACUUGAGCUCAUUGCCCCUCCUUGUACUGAUUGGAAUACUGCCAUGUCCAAGUGAAAUGGACUCAUGGUUGAUCGUAUAUUCAAAUACCACCUUUCUAUAAAUCUUUGCCUUAAUAUACAAUCAUUCCUACCCCUAGCAGUACUGUCCUCAUUAAAAGGGCUACUUUGAA